CAGGUGGCACUCGCAGCAGCAAGGGUUGAGAAAAAAAACACCCAAUACAGGCUGUUCGCUUUCAUCUGGACCAAUCAGGUCUGGACUACGACACUGCCCGGGACUAUAAGAGGAUUGGGAGCCCCACACCAAAGCACCAUCCGGUCCGAAUUCCCCUGCAAGAACAGGCAAAUACAUGUCUCGUCCACCCAGCAGCCAUGAAAUUCUUCCUCCUCGCCGCCGUUGCCCUGCUCGCCCUGGCACACGGGAGCGUCGCACAGGACGCUGCUGACCUCCAAAAGCUCAGCCAGUACCUGGAUGAGAUGAAGGCCAAGGUGGCUCAAGAUCUGGGUCAGAUUCUUGGAAACCCAGACCUGGCCGGUCAGGCUCAGACCUUCCUGGAGGAGAACAAGAAGAAGCUGGAGCCUCUGGCCGCUCAGGUCCAGGAGCAGCUGAAGUCCGCCACCAGCAACAUGGACGAGACGCUCAGACCUCUGGCCGAACAGAUGCAGGCCCAGGUCCAGCCCAUGAUCGAGGACUUCCAGAAGCAGAUGGAGGGAAUCUUUCAGAAGCUGACCCAGCAGGCCAAAGCCAUCGGCCAGUAAACGGACCCAGUUCAGGGAGUGUUUUUUCUUUUCUUUUUUUUUUGUGCUUGUAAAAUGUUUUGACAUCUCUGUAGCAGCACAAUAAAAAAUAAAAAAAAUGGAGCACCAGGACGGCGUACGUGUCACUCUGUGGAUUUACAUUAGCUGAAAUCUCAACCUUUUUGGGGAUAUGAAACUUCCUGUUAGAACAACAGACUCAAAACGGAAUAAAGUAGGCAUCAGAAAGUUUGAGGAG